AUGACUCUAAGAAACCAAAAUACUAAGAACAACGAAGCGCCUUUAAAAGCAGUCAGAAGGUUUGUGUCUUGAACUUUAUUAAACCGACGUUACUUUGUUUGAGUUAAGGCUGAAGUGUUAGAAGGAAACAGAGGUAUACUAGAAGGUUUUUUAAAUAGUUCAGUGCUUCCUUUCAAAACAAAUUUUUAGAAUUAGAGGGUACAGAAUUAUUUUAACAACCUAACAGAAGGUGUUUUGUAUGAGUUUUUAUUAUAGUAUAAACAUCUUUUUGUAGUUUGUACAAAAAAAGUCAAAAUAAUAUCAGAAUUAUCUUUGUUAUCACUAUUAGAAUGUCUCAACUGAUCAUUAAUGGUCGUAAAUAAAAUAUUUAUUAAUAUAAACUUAAAAAAAGUAAUGUUCUUUUUUCAUGCUGAGCUUAAGGUUGUUCACAUAAUUCUGUGCCCCCAUACACAUUUACCUUGGCACUUUAAUUUAAGAAGGAGCUCAAAAUUAUUUAAACAACCUAACAGGCUCAGCAUGAAAAAGGGCUUUUAAAGCCUUGCCCGGCCUUAUCAAUGACAUUUUACUUGCUUUUUCAACCUUUAUUUAUACUCAAUAUAGUCAUAAAAUUAAUUUUUUUUUGUCAUUUUCAGUCGUCCAGCAUUCAGAACAGCUGAUCCAUGCGUUGACGUCUUCUUUGCAAUGUUGGUGGUUACCGUAAUCUUGGGCUUGUUUUUAUGGAACAAUUUUUAUGUUGCUGCUAAACCAGAGUUGGUGCUGGUACAAGUUGUAAGUUUUUCCAUAUGAUUUUUGUGCAUUUGUGAGAGUAAGAGUAUUCAAGUAAAGUGUUACAGCUGUUUCGUCAUGGACUUCGUACACCAUUAGAAGUAUAUCCUACUGAUCUGAACCUAGAAUUAUGGCCAAAAGACUUGGGAUCAUUGACAGAUGAAGGACGUUUGCAACAAAAACAUUUGGCACAGUUUUUGAAACAACGUUAUCAUGAUUUUCUUAAUGAUACGUACGACAAAAGUCAGGUAUUCUAGUUUUGUAUAGCUUCCUUUGUAAGAAUAUGGAUAAAAAAUGGGCAAUAUUGAUAAAAAAACAGCCAAACUUUGUGUACUAUAAAGUAUUAGGUGGUUCAAAUAUCUUUGUGCUCCUUAUCAAACAAAUUUUCGGGAUUUGGAGGCACAGAAUUAUAUGAACAACUUAAUAUAACACUGUUUUAGAUCAAAUAUAACGCUGGUUUUAGAUACACGUGAGAAGUUCAAACAAAAGUAGAACGAUAGAAAGUGCUAAAAUCAACCUUCGGGAGACCUUCAAAGGACCACACAAUGAAAUAUGGCCUGAGAUUGAAACUGUCGACUACAAAACUGAUUACGUAAGGCUUUUUAACUAUUUCCGGCCCUAAAAAAUUAAAAAUAAACUCUUGCAUAAAUUUGAAAAAAAAGAUAUGCAGAAGAGUAAAAAAUUAAUUUUUAAUUUAUUUUAGUUAUUAAACGCCAGAUCAGAGUGUAAAAGGCGUAAAGAAUUAUGGAGUUUGUUCAAAGAAGCUCCAGAGUACAAGGAAACGGAAAAGCAAUACGCUAAUUUGUUGGCCAACUUGUCGAAACAUGCCAAAAUGGAAAUUGAUUUGGAUAACUAUUGGGUGGUCGAAGAGUUGACUGAAAUUGAAGUAAGCUGUAUUCAUAGUCUGCUAAAAAAUGUACCCAACCCGCGCCACUCAGAAUCAGCUCAAAGUGCUUAUGUAAAUUCAUUGUACUACUAAGAGUACACAUAAAAAAUUUUGAGCUCGAGCUUUUGAGUUUUAAAAUUUAAGCAUUUGAGUAUUUGGCAUUGUGUUUCAAGCCUUUUUUUUCUACUUUCCGGACAAAUCACAAAUUAAAUAAUGUCGGUGCAUUUAAAGAUUUUCUACUAGUGAUCAAAGAAAAAUGACUAUAAUUUAAAAACUGACAAAGCUAAAGCCUUGAACACAAUGCCAAUUUGGCGGAAGGAGCUUCUUUGUAAAAUACGUUAUUUUAAAAUAGAUAGUAAUUUCAGCUACAAUUGAACAAACCAAUACCACUUUGGGUAAAGGAUAACUACAAAGAGUUAAAGGCUCUGGAUCAUCGUGUACUUAACUUUACAAACGGGUUCAGUAGGUUUUGAUGGUUGAAACAACUUUUAGUUUUUUCCCAAAAGCUUAAACCAGCAUGAUGCAUAAUAUUACACUGAUGUAAGCUUUAACACAUUAUAUUACGUUAUAUUGCAAUGUAAUUUUAGGUUUAUCACCUUACAAAAACGUUGACUUCUCUCUUGAGAUACUAAAAGUUGUUGGUGGCCCAAUUUGGAGUGACAUUAUUAAUCGAACAGAAGCAAAAAUCAAAUCUGUUAGGGAGAAAGUCGAUGACCAUCUACGUUACUAUGUGUAUUCUGGAGUAAGUUCGACGUUUCAAAACAGAAAAUUUUCAAUAUAUGACUAAACUACUCAUUCCAGCACGAUAUGAUCAUAUCAGCAAUCUUCGGUAUGUUGGGUGGUAAGAUGAACUUGGACAAAGACGGGUACCCUGGCCCCGCUUCAUGCUUGAUCUUCGAACUUUGGAUGGACAAACAUGGAGACCCGACAUUAAAAAUAUUUUACAGAGACGACAAGGGUACUGUAACGAAUGUUUUGAAGCAUUUACACAAAGAGACGUUAUCAUGGAAACAGCUCAAGGAGAAUACGGACAUUUAUCUUCCAGACAAGGGUAUUAAACAAGUAGGUAAAGGUUUUUUGAAGGAUUUGAGACAUUAUUACACAUGAAACGUAAAUUUUGUAUACAAUAAUAUAACUGAAGUCUUCCUUUUUAGUACUGCCAUGAAUCAUUGAAGCACAAGUAA